AUGGAGGACGCCGCGAUUGCUGAGAUGAUGGCCGAAAUUCAACAGAACCCUCCCGAAGAAGAGUGGACACUCGUCCCCGUGCGUAAGGGCAAGGGCGGUCGUCCCAAGCCGGUCCCUGAUCCUACGGAUGUUAAGGCCAUCCUCUCGCAGCCGACUAUGAGACCCAGAUCUAUCCUCGCCUCCUCCAGCAAAGAAGCCAUUGCCGGCCAGCACUUCUACAUUCUCCGAGACUACAAGGAGAGUCGUGAGUGCCGCGUCCUCCAGGCCCUGAUCAACGUGUUCAAGGCCGAAAUCAAAGGCUCUGAGGAUCCCAUCACCAAGGCCAUCUGCCUUGGCAUCGGCUCGUUUGAUCCUGACAACGGAAGCUGGAUCACCAAGGAGAGAACUCAUAUGCAAUUUGCUGCAUUUUCAAUCAUCCUCGAUGAGCUUCUCAUCUUCCAGGAACCUGCUUUCAACGAGUCCGACGCUGAGUUCAUCACCUCCUUGGGUCACGAGGUUGUCGAAUCUCCCGCCGCCUUUGACAAGGUUGAUUCCACCACCUUUGUCUUUGGCAUCCACCUAUACCGGGACAUUUACGCGCAAGUCUUUAAGAAUGGCGAGUAUCCCGCCCUAUUCGUUGGCACCGGCUGGAACGUCUGGUCCAAUGUAAGCUUCCGCUGGACCGCGGAGGAGAAUCACAGCCUCGCCCUCCUCAAGGCCAUGGAGACAACUCACAAGAGGUUUCCUUUCCCCGAGACCCCUGGCAAGAACAUCUUCUACGGCACCUCCAUCUACUGGGCGUCCACUUGA